UCGCCGGGGAGAGAGACGCUCAGAGCCGCCGUCAGAAAAUGAGCGUAGAAAGAAUAUUCGACGAGCUCGGACAUUUCAAGAGAUUUCAGGCAUGUCUAUAUUUUGCAGCAGUUUUCCAGGCCGUAGCCUGUGGGAUCCACUACCUGGCCUCUGUUUUCCUGGUGGAGACUCCAAACUUUGUGUGCAGUGUGCCCGGCAACAUCACUGACAUCCUGUAUGGUAACCUGACAGUAUCAAGUCUGGAAGACAUCCUGCCCGUCUUCAAAUCAGGGACUGGGCCCUUGGUGGUGAGGACGUCUGAGGGAGAGCAGUGGGAGCUAAGCCGGUGCCGCUGCGCCCUGCGCAUCGAUCCCAAAGGGUUUACAUAUGACUUUGACGGCAACAAAACAGUGAAAGCCUGUGUUGGAAACUUUGUUUACGACCGCUCUGAAGUUCAGCAAAGUAUAGUGACGGACUGGGACUUGGUAUGUGAGAAAGAGUGGCUGGCCAAACUGUGCCAGCCCACCUUCAUGUUGGGGGUGCUGAUCGGAGCGCUGUUGUUUGGGGACAUUGCUGACAGAGUUGGUCGUGUGAGGAUUCUGAUGAUCACCAGCCUCUGUCAGUUUGGGCUCGGGGUGGCCGUAGCGUUCUCUGGAAACUACUAUUUUUUUGUGGUGCUUCGCUUCCUCCUUGCCAUGGUGUCCAGUGGCUACCUCGUGGUGGUGUUUGUCUACGUUACCGAAUUCACUGGCAUCAAGGUACGCACAUGGACCUCUAUGCACGUUCACGCGGCCUUUGCAGUCGGCAUCAUGGUGGUGGCUCUGACCGGUUACCUGGUGCGGGUCUGGUGGAUCUACCAGAUCAUCCUCUCCAUAUGCACCUCGCCCUUCUUGUUCUUCUGCUGGAAGUUCCCGGAGACGCCCUUUUACUUGAUGGCCAAGGGCCGUUACAAGGACACUCAGACCCUGCUGGAUGCGAUUGCCCGCUUCAAUGGCCUUGAGUGCAGGCUGAAGGCAGAGGAUCUCCUGGAGCCAGAGGAGAGAGAGAAUGGCAGAGCUCUGCUGGAGAAGGAGGCAGAGGAGCGGCCAUCGCAGAUUGAAAAGAAGCUGUCCAUCCUGGAUCUGUUUGGAAGCUGGAGGAUGGCGGGCCGCACAUGCACAGUGUGGGCCAUCUGGUUCAUCGGCAGCUUGGGCUACUAUGUCUUCUCUUUAGGCUCAGUCAACCUAGGUGGAAACCAAUACAUUAACCUCUUCCUUGCUGGCGCAGUGGAGCUCCCCUCGUAUCUGGUUGGCUGUUUUGCAAUGGACCGGAUUGGAAGGAAGAAGACUUGUGCCCCAGCUCUGCUACUAGCCGGGGUGGCUUGUAUGCUCAUCAUUGUGGUGCCUGCUGACAUCGAGGCACUGGCCAUCGCUCUUUGUAUGACAGGGAAGUUUGCCAUCGCCAUUGCCUUUGGUCUCAUCUAUCUGUACACCUGUGAGCUUUAUCCAACCAUCAUCAGGUCUCUGGCAGUAGGUAGUGGCAGUAUGAUGUGCCGUGUUGGCAGUGUGGUGGCCCCCUUCUGUGUGUACCUGGCUGAUGUCUGGGUCUAUCUGCCUCAGCUCAUCGUGGGAAUCCUGGCAUUCAUUAUCGGAGUGCUGACAUUGCUGUUGCCUGAGACCCUGGGCAAACCUCUAACAACCACCUUGGAGGAGGCAGAGGCUCUGGGACGCAAAAAACAGGAUGGGUUGGAGAUGAACCAACAUGAUGUCAAGGCCUGAGCUGCACACUGCUGGAAAAUCAGAGGGACAGACACACCGAAAGAAGCUUAGGAAAAACAGAAUGAGACAGAAGGAGCGAAGAGAGAGGAGAUGAUGAAACAGUAACACCAUUGAUUUAUUGGAUCGUCUGGAAAAAAGAAACAAGCUUUUAUCAGAACUCUUAAAAUGAUGCUAUUGUUCUCAUUUUGUUCUGUAAAGUGACCACCAGUUUAGGCUUCAGUGUGUGUGUGUGUGUGUGUGUGUGUGUGUG